AUGGAGGGGACGGAGGAGGGCAGGCGCCUAGCCGCCGCCGCCCGGAAGCGUGCGAAGGAGCUCGGCAACGAGACCUUAAAGGCGCCCGCAGAACCACUGCGGCACACGGACUCGGGGGCCCGGACGGACGCCAGCCCCGAUGGCCCCCCCUGCACGCACGAAGUCGCCAUCCCCCAGGGGUGGACGACGCCGCCCGACGACGACCCGAGCUCGCUCGACCCCGCCGUACACGGCACCCUCGAGAACCCCAUCUGGACGGGCCCCAUGGCCAAGGAGUACCCGUUCAAGCUGGAUCCGUUCCAGUCCACCUCGAUCGCGUGCGUCGAGCGGCGCGAGAGCGUCAUGGUUGCCGCGCACACGUCGGCGGGCAAAACCGUCGUAGCGGAGUACGCGGUGGCGAAGGCCCUGAAGGAGGGCCAGCGCGUGGUGUACACGAGCCCGCUCAAGGCGCUGUCGAACCAGAAGUUCCGGGAGCUGCAGGAGGAGUUCGACGACGUGGGGUUGAUGACGGGCGACGUGACGCUGUCGCCGUCGGCGGGCUGCGUCGUCAUGACGACGGAGAUCCUGCGGUCGAUGCUGUACAGGGGGAGCGAGCUGUUGCGGGAGGUGGCAUGGGUGGUGUUCGACGAGGUGCACUACAUGCAGGACCGCGAGAGGGGCGUGGUGUGGGAGGAGACCAUCAUUUUCAUGCCAAAGCACACCCGCACAGUAUUUCUGUCGGCGACGCUGUCGAACAGCCGCGAGUUCGUCCAGUGGGUGGCGCACCUCCACAGCCGCCCCGUUCACGUGGUGAUGACUGAGCAUCGGCCGACCCCGCUCCAGCACUACGCGUUCCCGUGCGGCGGGUCCGGGCUGUACCUCGUCAAGGACGAGCACGGCACGUUCAAGACGGAGAUGUUCGCGAAGAUGCGGCGCACGUUCGAGGAGAAGGCGCAGGGCAAGGGCGACGGCGCACUCAAGAGGAAGGGCGACGGUUCGCAACCCGACGGCGACAAGAACAGAGCGGGAGGGCGGCCCGCGGGCGGGCUGUCGCGGCAGGUCAAGGCGACGAUCUCGCAGGACCUGUCGCGGCUGCUCUCGCUCAUCAAGGAGCGCGCGCUGGAGCCGGUGAUUGUUUUCAGCUUCAGCAGGCGGGAGUGCGAGCAGUACGCGAUGAGCCUGGCCAAGGUGGACUUCAACAGCGAGGAGGAGCGAGCCGCCGUCGACGCCGUGUUCGACUCGGCCAUGCAGUGCCUCUCUGAAGAGGACCGGAAGCUCCCGGCGAUCGGGCACCUCCUCCCGCUCCUCCGCCGCGGCGUCGGCAUCCACCACUCGGGCCUCCUCCCCGUGCUGAAGGAGCUCGUCGAGGUGCUGUUCCAGGAGCACCUCAUCAAGGCGCUGUUCGCGACGGAGACGUUCGCGAUGGGCGUCAACAUGCCCGCGUCGACGGUCAUCUUCACGUCGCUGCGGAAGUGGGACGGCGAGGAGCACCGGUGGGUGUCCUCGGGGGAGUACGUGCAAAUGUCGGGACGCGCGGGACGGCGCGGGAUGGACGAACGCGGCGUGUGCAUCCUCAUGGCCGACCCCGACAUGGACGAGGCCACGUGCCGCGAGCUCCUCGUGGGGCGGCCCAACCCCCUGGUGUCAAGUUUCCGUCUGUCAUACUACACCCUCCUGAACCUGAUGCGGCGCACCGAGGGCUCGACGCUCUCGAUGGAGCACGUCAUCAAGAACUCGUUCCAGCAGUUCCAGCACGAGCGCGGGCUGUUGGACCAGGAGCGCAGACUGUCGCUGCUCGCGGAGGAGAUCGACAGAGAGAUGAAGGCGGCGGGCCUGCGCGGGGACGGGGCGGCGACGGACUCCGCGGCGGCGGCGCGGCGGUGCGUCGAGCUCGAGGCGCAGCUGGCGGACGCGCGCCGGCAGCUCGCCGGGGAGCUGACUCAGCCUGGGCGCGUGCUGCCCUUCCUGCGGCACGGCAGACUGGUGCGCAUGCGUCAGGCCGACGUGGACUGGGGCUGGGGCGUGGUCCUCGCGGCGCUGCGGCGGACCGAGCUCAAGAAGAAGGGCGACGCGGGCGGGGACGCGGGCGGCGCCGUGAUCGAGGUGGAUGACACCGGCGGCGCGGGGGGGAGUAAAGAGGGCGACGGCGGGGAGGGGAAGCGCAAGCGGAAGAAGGCCAAGACGAAGGAGGCGGCGGGGGACGCCGGCACGGACAAGCAUCAGGCCGCCCUCGGCCGGGCUUCCGACUAUGUCAUCGACGUGCUUCUGCUGGGGGUGCGGGACGCACAGGCGGGGCCGGCGCGGUUCCGGCCGCCGCGGGAGGGCGAGGAGGGUGAUAUCGAAGCGAUGACGGUGUCGCUUGCGCUCGUGGAAGCUGUGUCGCGGCUGCGGAUCGCGCUGCCGCCGGACCUGCGGCAGAGGGCCGCGAAGGAGUCGGUCAAGGCGACGCUGGCAUCGUUGCUGGCGCAGCGCGGCGGGCCGGAGGGCCUGCCGGUUGUCUCGCUGUGCACGGACGUUCUCAAGGGCAACGCGGCGCAGCACCUCGUCGAUCUCGAGGCGCGCGCGGCGUCCCUGGCGAAGGAGGCUUCCGAGGCGCGCCAGGGCGUGCCUGCGGCCGACGCGGAGCGGGUCGGGGCUGCGCUGAAGCGGUCCGCCGCGCUGGCGGCCGAGCGCGACCUCCUGAAGCAGCGAAUGCAGGAAAGCACGCUCGCGGUGUUCCGCUCGGAGGCGAAGGCACGCGGGCGCGUCCUGCGGCGGCUGGGGCACAUCGACGGCGAAGGCGUGGUGCAGCUGAAGGGGCGGGCCGCGUGCGAGAUCGACACGGCGGAUGAGCUGCUGGCUGCGGAGCUGAUGUUCAACGGCGCGUUCGCGAACUCUCUGGACAAGCACCAACUCGCAGCGCUGGCGUCGUGCCUGGUGCCGGUGGAGAAGAGCCAGGAGGAGAUCCAGCUGUCGCGGGAGCUCGCGCCUUCGCUCAAGCAGCUGCAGGACACCGCGAGGAUGAUUGCGGAGGUGUCCCGGGAGUGCAAGCUCGACCUCGACGUCGAGGAGUAUGUCGAGUCGUUCAAGCCAUACCUCAUGGACGUCGUGUACGCGUGGUCGCGCGGGUCGAGCUUCGCGGACGUCUGCAAAAUGACCGACAUCUUCGAGGGCUCGAUCAUCCGCGCCGUGCGGCGCCUGGACGAGCUGCUGAAGCAGCUCAAGCUCGCUGCCGCAGCCGUGGGCGACGAGGGCCUCGCGGGCCGCUUCCAGGAGGCGUCCGAGUCCAUCCACCGCGACAUCAUGUUCGCGGCGAGCUUGUACGUGUGA